UUUCACUUUCACUUGCAGACCAGUACUGGACGAGCUGCCGCGGGUGGACAAACAAACCGAGCUGCGCCUGUGCCGCUCGUCUCCAUUGCGCGCUGCUUCUCCACACGGCAACAUGUCUCUGUGGCGUCUCCUCCUCACGACUGCGUGUGCGCUCCACGCUGUCCCCCGCGUCCACAGCUGUGAGGAGCUCCCUGUGUUCAGUCCGUCUCCACUGGUGGUGAAGCGCGGAGACUUCGCCACAGCCACAUGCUCCAUCUGCAACAACUCCUGUGACUAUGAGCUCCGCUUGGAGGAGGCCUAUCAGUCCAGCUUCAAGAGAGGGAACCAAAUGGUCUGGAACAUCUCCAGUCUGAGACUGCCGUGGAGUGUCAAUAUAUUGUGUUAUAUAUUUGACAGCGACUGUCCAACUGUUUCUCUGGAUGUGAUCGUUUACAAGCCUCCAGAGAAUGUGUCUGUGAGCUUUAAAAAUCGCUCAGGGUCUUCGCUGGAGAGCCCCUCUGGGCCCCUGAAGGAGGGCCAGGUGUACUGUCUGCAGUGUGAGGUGGAGGCCGUGGCUCCUGCUCAGAACAUGAAGGUGACCUUUUACAGGGACUUCAGGGAGCUGCUUGUCAUGAGAAGCAGCAAAACAGAGAAACAUCCAGUGAGCGAGAGCUUCUGUCUGGACUACAGAGUGAGCAGAGAGGACCAUGGGGCCACCUUCUGGUGUGAGGCCAGACUGGAGCUGGGGCCUCAGGGCCCACAGCCCCCUCCAGUGGUCAGGUCACACAACAUCACGGCUGUCGUGCACUAUGCGCCGUACAGUGAGGGCCCCGAGGAGCCACAGCUCCUCACUGUGAACCAGGGCCAGUCAGCUGAGCUGGUCUGCAGAGCUGAGGGGAACCCCCCGCCUCUGUACAGCUGGAGCCUCCCCUCAGGCUCCGACUACAGGGGCCCUGUGCUCACCAUCCCCUCUGCCUCCUCCCAGCAUGAGGGCCCCUACACCUGCACCGCCUCCAACGCUUUAGGGGCCGUCAAUAGGAGCUUCACUCUCACAGUGCACGUCAACUAUGUGCCCAUCAUCAUCGCCGUGGUAAUAGUGCUGGUGCUGCUGACCAUUGCAGUCGUAUUGUUGAUGGUCUACAGGCUGUACUACAAGCAGCACUGUAUGGGAAAGUACAACAUAAGUGACAAGUUCCGCCUCCACCAUCACCAGCCCAUACCCACCACUGUGUGAGGGGGACACUGCCGAGGCCAUCGAGAUGACCUGGGAGGUCUCUGGACUUAAAGAGGACUGCUCUGGUUCAGAGUGUGUUACGGUGCUGUGAACUGAGAUGGGGAAGUGUUACUGAUGCAAUAAGAGUCUGUUUCUUGGUCUGGACUAGGGACCAGAGUCCUGCACAGGGGUCUAUUUUUGAAGACCUGCACGCGCGAAGUACAGCACCAUACCUGCCCAUUAACAUGAGAUUAUAUUAAAGUUAAAUCUGCACCCACCUGGACUCAUGAACAUUCCAACCCUUACCCACCCAUGCCCGUGAUAAAUUAGGGUCAGCCCAUUAGUCCGACAGCCCAGUAGUCCAGGACUGAACCAGGACUACACCAGGACUACACCAGGACUGGACCAGGUCUAAACCAGGACUAAACCAGGUUUAAAUCAGGACUAAACCAGGAGCCGCUCUCCUCUGCUGAUGGUUUUGUGUAAUAAAUACACUGAAGUCUUUCUCAGCCUGGUCCGUCGUUCCGGGAAAAGACGGGAAAUGGCAUUUGUUUGCAGGGCAACGGAUGUCCUGGACGUAUGUCAAGUAUUUUUCUCCCGUUCGUCGUUCAUUUGAUCCCAGAACGUUAAAACCUGCCCAUUUCAUUUGUGGAUACUUGACCCGGUACAGGACUCCAAAGUAUGGCCCCAGGACCACAGGCGGCCCUUAGAUCACUUUUUGUUGGCCCUCACGCCUGCUGCUGUAUUGACCCAUAUGAUCUUAGGCAGUACUUUUUACUGCAAAUGUAAAUCACUGUACGUAUGCUCCCGUCUCACUGUGUUCAUGUUUUUCAUUCUCACACAGUUCGCCAUGUUCCGUUUUGGUAGGGGCCCAGUAUUCUUCUGAAUAUUUAUGAAGGUUAAAGUUCAUGUUAUCUUUCUGAAGGGAAAUCUGUUGAACUAUCCUCAGGAGUAGGUCUCCUCAUGUCCAGAUCUAGAGCCAGUCUUGGUCAGGACCAUGUGGUUGGAACAUUAGCAUCUAUUGUAUUUUUAGUUUGAUGACGGAGACUUUGAGACUCUCGGGGUCUUGUUCACGAGUGAGGGAAGGACGGAACGUGAGAUUGACAGGCGGAUCGGUGCAGCUUCGGCAGUGAUGCGGUCGCUGUAUCGGACCGUUGUGGUGAAGAGGGAGCUGAGUCGAAAGGCGAAGCUCUCGAUUUACCGGUCAGUCUUCGUUCCUACUCUCACCUAUGGUCAUGAGCUCUGGGUAGUGACCGAAAGGACGAGAUCGCGGAUACAAGCGCUCGAAAUGAGUUUCCUCCGCAGGGUGGGUGGGCGCUCCCUUAGAGAUAGAGUGAGGAGCUCAGUCACACGGGAGGAGCUCGGAGUAGAGCCGCUGCUCCUCCACGUCGAGAGGAGCCAGUUGAGGUGGCUCAGGCAUCUGUUCCGGAUACCUCCUGGGCGCCUCCCUCGGGAGGAGGCCCCGGGGAAGACCCAGGACACGCUGGAGGGACUAUGUCUCUCGGCUGGCCUGGGAACGCCUCGGGGUCCCCCCGGAGGAGCUGGAGGAUGUGUCUGGGGUGAAGGAAGUCUGGGAGUCCCUGCUUAGGCUGCUCCCCCCGCGACCCGGCCCCGGAUAAGCGGACGAAAAUGGAUGGAUGGAUGGACUUUGAGGCAACACAAUGUUAAAUUGGCUGUCUGGCCUCUUGACUGGCACCUCCGUUUCCUUAGAAUGUUCUGAGUCCCUAUACAGCUCAAGAUCAUUCUGAAGCUAUUCAGGAAACGUUCAUUUCUCUCCUGUGACAGUACUGAUACCUGCUCAAAUGUUUUAGUAUUGAUUAGUAUCUGAUUUUCAAUACUUUUGAUAAGCCUAUCCCAAACAUGGUUCUUCUACCUCAUCUAAAAGGGGAUCUUCAUACAGUUUAGGUCCAGCGGUUUUGUCAUGCCUUCUUAACGCCAGGGUUAAUAUUAUGAAUAAGUUUUAGGUUUUACAAUUUGAAGAUGAGUAUUUUUUAUAAACUCGGCCUGAAUUGUGAUCUCGUUCCUUUGAUGAAAUGCUGUUUUGGUCCAGAGAUUAAAUAAUACCACUACUGUUACCACUGUGCACUGUGAUCCUGCUGUUGUAAAUCUUGUGUCAUUUAUUGUGCCAAUUCUAAAUGAAAGAAUCUAAACAUUAAAAUUGUGCAUGUCCAGCUUGAGCUCCUGAGGACCAGAAGUGACCCACAUUUGUUCCAGUCAUGUUUAUAUUUUCUAAUAAAACCCACUGUAAUUUGAA